ACUGCUAGCUUUGAUCUACACAACAUACAUGCUUCUGGUGCUAAGCCACAAUAGUAAAAUGUACCAAUUUAUUAGCAUGUAAUCUUUUCAUGGUCACUGUUAAGCAUGGAAGAAUUUAGAAUAGUUCCCUUGUCACCCUGAAGUCUUUGCAUAAACUGUGUGGUUGUAUUAGUAAUAAUGCUAUUUUUAUUUCUGUAUGGAUACCUUGUAUAGCUUUGUUUUCGGUUAUAUUGCCAUUUACACAUAAAAUACUUAUAUAGGCGAAUUUCGAGUUUCAAUGCAGAAUGCCUACAUCCUACUGUGUGAUUAAUAAUGAUGGUAAAUAGUCCCUGAAAUAGUAGCAGUGCAAAAUCUGAUCUUUUAAUCUCUCUUGGCCACAAUUAAAAGGGACUAUAUAGAACAUCUGAAAAAUCCUUUUUGCAUAAAAACAUAUGACUUUGCUAUAAAAAAUUAUGACUGGAAAACACUGACCCAUUAAUAGCCUGCGGACUGAUUUAUACCUUAUUGUUCUGCUGCACAGUCACAUGACCACAGCAGCCAAUAGAAAGGCAGGCUGCCUUCAACUUAUUAGGUGACUGUACUUCUUUGUGGGACCAAGUUGUUACAUGAAAUCUGCAGUUUCAUAAUUUCAGGAGGUCCUGCUCUGUUGAAUAGCAAUGUCGACUUCUGGGACUCUGAGCAAUUAUUAUGUGGAUUCUUUCAUAAUUCACGAGGGUGAAGAUCUGGUGCAGUCUAGAUAUGCAUCUGGCUCUCUAGCUCAGCCUCCAAGACAGACAACAUUGGGGGAGCACCCUGAAUUUACUCCAUGCAGCUUUCAAUCUAAAACUUCAGUCUUUAGCAGCCCCUGGAAUUCAGUGCACCCACAGACUGCUAAUAAUGUUUCAAGUGUAUACCAUCCGUAUGUACAUCAUCAAACACCGAUAACAGCUUCUGAUGGCAGGUACAUGCGUUCCUGGCUGGAGCCCAUGCCUGGAUCAUUGUCAUUCCCUGGCUUACCUUCAAACAGACAUUAUGGUAUUAAACCAGAGCCGCUCUCGAGCAGAAGGGGUGACUGCACCACCUUUGAUACCCACACUCUGUCUUUGUCUGAUUACACAUGUGGCUCUCCUAUUGACAGAGAAAAGCAAAAUAACGAGGUUGCAUUUUCCAGCAGCAACGGGGAACCUCUGGCAAACGCAGAGAAGCCUCCUAUUGACCCAAACAACCCGGCUGCUAACUGGCUACAUGCAAGAUCUACAAGGAAAAAGCGUUGUCCUUACACCAAACACCAGACACUGGAGCUGGAAAAAGAGUUUUUAUUUAAUAUGUAUCUGACAAGGGACAGGAGGUAUGAAGUGGCCAGAUUACUAAACCUUACCGAGAGACAAGUUAAAAUUUGGUUUCAAAACAGAAGAAUGAAAAUGAAAAAAAUUAACAAAGAUCGAUCCAAGGAUGAGUGAUUCUGAAAAAAAAGGAUAUUGCAGAGUCUCAGACAAGCAAUGCUACAGUAUCAAGGCCUCUUUUUAUCCCUGACACAAUCUUUAUUAUUGUAACAAAACCCAGUAGCACCAUAUUCUUGGUUUGCCUGUACUAUCAAAGAGGUACUGUACUACUUCAAUUCUUAAACAAAUAAAAGGAAAUGGGGCAUUAGAGGUGGGCUGGCAUAGAAAUCUACCUGUUCUUCUUUACAAAACUACCUUUUUUCAUUGUGCACAAACAUUUACUGACUAUAGAGUCUAGCUGAGAUGUAGUUAAUAUAAUUUGCUCUAUGUGAGGCAGAGAUAUCUGCUGAUAUACUUGAAUAAUAUGUAUUGUUGUAGUAAUUAUAUUUGUAACUAGGUUUGUGUGCUUGGUGCUGUACAAGUUAUGAUUGUUUAAGCUAGUACUGAAUUGAUCUCAGGUUGUUUAAUAGGAGAGAAUAGAGUUAGACUGCAAUCCUGUAAUGUUAAUGGUUGUUUCCAUAUACUGCUGUUGAGACUAGUGACCAGUUAAAGUAUUAAAUGUUAACCCAGAUUGUAUGGCAAUUAAAGGUUUCAGGAAAUUACAAUUGAUUACUUCAGAAUGCAGGAUAUGGUAUUCAAUGAAUGUCAGUUGUAUAGGCGACAAACAAAAAUAUGCGAAACAAUACACUUAGCAAAGUGUUUUGCACCAGUGAGCAAAUGGCAGUCUGGUCCUACCGAAAUAUAUAUUGAGUGAAAGGGUCGUUCAACUACCUAAAGUUUCUGUUAUGUCCUACUUAAAUAAAAUAACGUUCAUUGUAUUGACGUUAAAUUUAUUAAGAAUAAAUUAUUAACAAUAAAAGUAUUGGUUGAUAGUAUAUUUCUAUCUCUUUUAACAGUAAAAAUAAAAUAAUUUAUGCAGAACAUACUCUUUAUAUUUUGCAAUAGUUACCUCAUGGCCUGUUGACCAAACUGUUGAGUUAGAUUUCUAUUUAUGUUUUUUUGUUGUCUUUUUUUUUUUUUUUACAAAUAAAAU